AUCUUCCCUUGCCUUUCUCACACGCACACAACAAACACUUCCAUCUCCUUUCCAUUUAAAAGCAAGGCCAUCUCAGCUCAUCUCCCUCCCCAUCAGCUCCCUCGCCAUUGAUCAAUCAUCCUCUGCACAUCAUAACAAGUGACAAGCAGCAGCAGCCAUGGUCAAGAAGCUCGCCCUCGCCUCCCUCUUCUUCACCAGCGGCAGUGUGGACGCCACCGCCGAGAGCAUGUCGUCUCCUCCGUCCAUAUCAGCUGCGUCCUCUCGCAGCAUGGCCGCCUCGUGGCAAUGGCCCUCCUGCGCGCAGGCCAGGACCGCGUCCUUCGACGGCCGCAGCAGUGUGAAGGGGGAGGCGUCCUUGUCGUCGGCGCGCUGGGACUGCUGCAGGACCCGCGUGAUCAUGAACCCAGCCUACUGCGACGACACAGCCGAUAACUCCUUCCUCUCCGCCUCCGGCUCCUCUUCUGCCUCCACUGCGGCGCCGGAGCCGGAGCCGGAGCCCUCGAUGGACGAGGCGGUCAUCCGCGAGAUCCGAGCGUCGAGCCGGCUCUUCUUCGAGCCCGAGGCGACGAAAUCCAUCGUGACGGCGAGCAAGCCGGAGGCGGAUCAGGCAGCGUUCGGCGGGGCGACGGCGCUGGCCAUCGACUCUGCGGACCCGUACGGCGACUUCCGGCGGUCCAUGGAGGAGAUGGUGCUGAGCCGCGGCGGCGGCAGGGGCGAGGACGACUGGGGGUGGCUGGAGGAGAUGCUGGGGUGGUACCUCCGGGCCAACGGCAAGAAGACCCACGGCCUCAUCGUCGGCGCCUUCGUGGACCUGCUCGUCGGCCUCUCCGCCGUCAACAACAAGCAGAGCGGCCAGUGCUAGCUACCAUGCGAGCGCGCAAUGCGAUUGCUUAGGGAAGAAACGGUGUCAUGCCAUUGGUGGCAUCAGCGAUUCGACCUAGAUGGAUUGAGCCAGCGAGAGGCGUAGGCUGUGUUGUGUUUGUUGAGAGCAUGCACGCGUGCCUGUACUAGUACUACUAUACUUGAUCAAAUUAUAUGUGGAUGUUGAUAGUUGAA